CUGCCACCCCAGCAACCUCGCGUCAUUCUCUACAGCAUGCUCAUGUGUCUCUCCGUUGCGAUCUCCCUGCAUCUUGCUUAGAAGCAAGCCCAUCAAGGCACCAUGGCGCCCUCAAAACGCCCGGCGCCACUUGAUCCUGACGACGACGACGACGGAUUCCACGAAGAUCAGUCUAGCCAUCUAUCUGAAUCCACCCCAGGUUCGGCUGCGAACAAGAGAAGACGAAUUAGUGAUGUGUCCUCGAAUCAGUCUGAGCCAGACAACGGCAGUACUCCGCCCUCCGAUCUAGAUUCAGACGACGACCUCGAUAAUUCAGAAGAUGAAGCAGCUGCAACUCAAGCUCUUCGUGCCAAAGCUGCCAAUCAGAAAAACAAGGGCAAUGAACCAGCCGAAUUCGGUAUCCUCGAAGCCGUCGAAUUGAAAAACUUCAUGUGUCACGCCGAGUACUUUUUCAAACUGGGACCCCUCAUCAACUUUAUCUGUGGCAAGAAUGGAAGUGGAAAAAGUGCUCUGCUUACAGCCAUCACUCUUUGUCUCGGUGGCAAAGCAUCGGCCACCAACCGCGGCGCUCGACUGCAAGACUUCAUCAAGGAGGGUGAGAGCCAGGCUUCCAUUGUGUGUGUGCUGAAAAACCAAGGCGAGGCCGCAUACAAACCUGAAGAAUAUGGCAAAUCCAUUCGGGUCGAACGCCAUUUUUCUCGCACUGGUACUGGUAGCAGUACAUAUAAAAUCAAAUCCGAAAAAGGUCGCAUCAUUUCAACCCGCAGAGCAGACCUAGAGGACAUUUGCGACCAUAUGAUGUUGCAAAUCGACAAUCCUAUGAAUGUACUCUCUCAGGACCAGGCCCGCCAAUUUCUUUCCUCGUCAAGCCCGGCGGAAAAGUACAAGCUUUUCAUGAAAGGCGUGCAGCUGGAACAGCUGGACCAGGAUUACAAGCUGAUCGAAGAACAAUCCGAAAAUAUCAGAGCCAAGAUUGAAGCCAAACUCCCAGAUUUAGAACCCCUGAAAAAACAGAUGGAUUCAGCCAACACCAAACUUGCUCUUUCAAACAAACAUGACGGCACUUACCGUAAAAUCCGUGAACUACGUCGGAUGCUUGCUUGGAUUCAAGUCCAGGAUCAGGAAAAAAUUCGUGAUGAGUACCAGCACGAGAUUGACGAUGCAAAUGCUAAGAUUGCGGAGGCAGAACACAGGGCUGCUGAGCUCGAUGCCCUGUUUCAGCAAGCCGACCAGGAGGCAACGAGGGCCACCGAGGCUUUCAAUUUAAUGGUAUCGCAACUUGAACUCGCGAAGGAUGAGAAGAAGGAGCACAAGGACAAGAUUGAUAAAAUUAAAAGCGAUGUCUCGGCUGCCUUGACGGAGCAAAGAGCAAUUCGAAGCCUCAUUACAACUACCGAACAAGAGAUCGCCUCGACACUCGCCGAAAUCAGCGCUGAAGAGACUCGGCUAGCUGAGUUGGAUGGUGGCGGUGCGGCGGCUCGAGUUCACGACUUGCAACAGGCCCGAGACUCUUUAGACGCUGCAUUGGACAAACGUAACACACACCUUCAACAAACACCUCAGCUGACCGAAGCUCUUGAGGACGCCCGCAAAUUUAUGAACGAGGCAAAAGAAGCAAAGAUGGCCCAACAAGAGCGAUGCAGUCAGCAGAGGGAUAUCCUGAGACAGAUGCAACAGAAUCGGAACUCGCUCGAAGCAGCAUUCCAUCCGAAUAUGCCAAACCUGCUGAGAGCUCUGAGUCGCACCACCGGCUUUCAGCAGAAGCCUAUCGGACCCUUGGGAAAGCACGUCAAACUCCUCAAGCAAGAGUGGUCAUCGAUCCUGGAAAAGUCCUUUGGCAGUUCGUUGAAUGCUUUUCUUGUCUCCAACAAGCGGGAUGAGAAGCUACUAAGCGACAUCAUGAGACAGCAAAGAUGCGUGACGCCGAUCUUCAUCAGCAAUACUCAAGCGAUUGACACAACAUCAAAGGAGCCAGAUGCCCGUUUUGACACUGUGCUUCGAACUUUACAGAUAGACGAUGAAAUGGUCAAAAAGCAGCUCGUUAUCGCUCAUGGCAUAGAGCAAACCAUUCUUAUUCCCGACAUGACUGAGGCUUCAAGAGAGCUCUUUGCAAACGGUCAACCAUUGAAAAAUGUUCGACGAUGCUAUUGCUUCAAUCCUCACUCCCGACAGAGGGGGUUUGUGCUUAUGUACAAAGGCAGGGGUGAGGCUGCCCAAGACCCGAUCCAGCAGUAUGAUGGCUUGCCCCGUAUGAAAUCCGAUGUCGAGGAAACGAUCAGGAGGCAGCAGGCAGCCGUGGAGGAGUCUCGAGCUCAGUUGCACGAGCUUGAAGUUAAUCACACAGAUGCCCAGGCGAGGGUGUCUGAAGCCGAACACAAGCUUGGCCGGCAUAAGAGGGAGUCGAGAGAGCUCGAAAUUGCAGUUCAGCAAUGUCAAGAUCGAAUCGAAACCCUGCAGGAUGCAAUCAAAGAUGACAGCGUCCAUGAUGGGAAGUUGGAGAUUCUCCGGCAGAAAUUGGAAGACGCACGCGAGCAAAAAGCGAUCCACGGGAGUUCGUUUCAAGAUACGGUGACUCCUGUGGAUGACCUUUCACGGUUGUCCCGAGCAGCACACGAGAAAGACGAGAUACUAGAGAAGCAAAUCAACCGUGUCAAAGAAAUGGUCGCAGAGGCACAGAUCGCGGCGCAGAAGGCUGGAAAGAAACGAGCGCACGACCUAGGAGAAAAGAAUGCUGCCAUGGCGCUAAUCGAAGAUGGAAGAGCAGACCGGGCCUCUCUACAGCGAAAAUUGGACGAGCAUCUGGAACAGCUUGCCAAUUAUGUGGAACAAGCUAGCGUGGUCUGCGAGCGUAUCAACAUUCCACCAGAUGCUACCUAUGAUGCCCUGCACAAGAAGUACAACCGGCUGCGCAGUGACUAUGACGCUUUCCAGGCCGAGAUUGGAGCCAGCCGCGAAAAGAUUAUCUCUGACGCAGCCAAAUACUCGGAAAUUUACAACAAGGCGAAGAAGGAAAUUGAGAAUCUAGAAUCACUGCGAGACCAGCUACACGACUCACUAACGGAACGUAAGGUCAGGUGGAAAGAGUUCCGUGGUCACAUCACCGCUCGGACCAAGACUCAAUUCACAUAUAUGCUCAGCGAGAGAAGCUUCCGCGGCCAGGUCAUCAUGGAUCAUCGGCAGAAACUCAUGGAUAUUCAGGUGGAGCCGGAUAUCACCAAGCGGAGUGGCGAGGGACGAAGUGCGCGUACGUUGUCGGGCGGCGAAAAGUCAUUCUCACAGAUCUGUCUCCUCCUCGCCAUCUGGGAAGCCAUGGGGUCGCCGAUCCGGUGUCUUGACGAAUUUGAUGUGUACAUGGAUGCUGUCAACAGGACCACCAGCAUCAAUUUGUUGAUUGAGGCAGCUCGACAAAGUAUUGGCCGACAAUUUGUCUUGAUCAGUCCGGGAAACAAGUCGGACAUUAAGAUGGCCAAGGAUGUCACUGCGGUAGAGGUCGCUGCUCCAGAAAGAGGACAAGCAAGACUGGCGUUUGCAGCCGCAUGAUCUCGAUCGUGAUUGUGACCGAGAGUGGGACUAACAACAGCAACCACAAAGUGAUCAUAAGGACUGCAAAGGAUGCAGACCGAGCAACCUCAUUUGGAUACUUCCAUGUUUGACAUCAAUGUUGACACCAUAGCACGAACCAUGCUUGAUGUAUGACAGACGUCGCCCGGACCAUCUCACCGUAUCCGGCUAGUUCUACAAAGACGGGUUAUAUUUCAUUGAGUCGGCGCCAGUCAUGGUCAUGCGGUGUAGCAGCUGACAGGAGGCUCGCGAUUGUACGCUCGAUCAUUAGUGGUACAGUGCAAGGGGCCUAGGUCAAAAGGUUGUCCAUGCAGUGCAGGAUAUAGUGAGAGCACGAUCAAGGACAAUGUUGCGUUGGAUGUGUGUCUGUGUCAACCUGAAGAUGAUGAAUGUUCAACGAGAAAACGACGACGAUGAAUUGGCCAUGUCCACUGAUGUUACGAUUCUAGCCACGUUCCUGCUUGUCUUACACGCAUGUCCUCCUUACCAAGUGCAGUGCAACUGCCAAUUUCUCUUUGAGUCGUAGAAUUGCAUUUUGUUGAGGAGGAUUUCGGGUGCUUUUAGCCCUCCAUCGUCC